AUAUAGCCAUUGAACUCUCUGGUUGAACCUAAAAUAAGAGUGCACUCUGGUAAUAGUAGGCUGCUUAUUUUGAUCUGAGGAAAACAACACUAUUUAUUAUAUUAUUAUAUUAUUUAUAUAUACCACCAUGGCUUUUUCACGAAGGAUCAAAGGCUGUCAAUCUUAAUUGGGAAUUUUUUUUUGUUGAAAAUCCUCCACUAAAAAGAGCUUGUUGUUGAUUAUAAAUAUGAAACACUGACGGCGACAUGCUACUUCAUAUAAGGAUAAGAAUUCACAUAGGGGGGUACUAAUAAGCAACUUUAAGACAUUUCUGUCAACAGCUUCAACAAAGGGGCCCCCUUGUUGUCCAAUCUAGAAGAAAAAAGUCCAAAUAACAGCUUAUCUGUAAUCCACUUAUGUAAGCUUUCCUGGAAUUUGGAGUUGAGCAUUCAGUGGGAUCUUUGGUGUUUCACUCUGACAUCUGAGCACAUGCAUGCCCGGACCUACUUCAUGUAAAACAGAUUAAAGAUGCUCCCCCAAGGAAAUGCAACUUUUCUUCUCUUAUUAUCUAUGGUGUUCUUGUCAUGGAGAGUUUGUCAUGGAGGGAAGAUUUUGAUUGUUCCUUUAGAAGGAAGCCACUGGGUGAACAUGGACAUCAUGAUCAAAGCUCUUCACUCUCAAGGACACUCUGUUGAUGUGGUACGAACCAAUCAAAGCUGGUACAUCCAGGACGGAUUUCCACAUUACAAGACAAUCACAGUUCCAGUCUCUGAAGCCUUUAAUCAUGACUUUAUCAACCCGAUCCUGAUAAAGAUCUUUGAUAUAGAAAGGGGAGAGAGCUCAUUUUUGAGCUUUGCCAGUUUGCAGCUUGAGAUGUUUAGUGCAAUGUUUAACAUGCAUAGAAUAAUGUGCAAAAUGGCUACUAAGAUGUUUACAGAUAAAGACUUAAUGAAUAGUUUAAAGGAGAGUAAGUAUGACUUGGUCCUUACUGACCCGGCAUGGGGUGCAGGUAUAAUGUUGGCUCACGCUCUUAAAGUACCUCUGGUCUAUAACGUGCGAUGGACAACUAGCGGAGAGGGACAUCUGGCCCUUGCACCUUCUCCUUUAUCUUAUAUCCCAAUGACUGGCUCAGGACUGACAGACAAAAUGACUUUCAUACAAAGAGUCAAAAAUCUAAUUUUCUAUGCCAUUUGGCAAUUUCAGGAUGGAUUUUUAAUCAGCCCUCAGUAUCAAGCUGUUUGUGAUAAGUUUUUCGGCCCAGAAGUCAGAUAUCGUAACUUAUUACAGGGAGCAGAUCUGUGGCUCAUGAGAGCGGACUUUGUGUUUGAGUUUCCUCGUCCCACCAUGCCUAAUGUUGUCUACAUAGGAGGGUUCCAGUGUAAACCUGCCAAACCUCUACCUGAACACCUGGAGGAGUUUGUUCAGAGUUCUGGAGAGCAUGGAGUCAUCAUCAUGUCUCUGGGGACUUUUGUGAGUGAACUUCCUGCUGAUAUAACAAACAAGGUCGCUGCUACUUUUGCUCAGUUACCUCAGAAAGUGAUCUGGAGGCAUAAAGGGGACAGACCCGCAACUCUGGGCAACAACACUUUAAUAGUUGACUGGAUGCCACAGAAUGAUCUUUUAGGACACCCUAAGAUAAAACUAUUUGUGGCUCAUGGAGGAACAAAUGGCGUGCAAGAGGCUAUUUAUCACGGAGUCCCAGUUGUGGGUCUGCCUGUGUUUUUCGACCAAUACGACAACCUGCUGCGUCUGAAACAGAGAGGAGCAGCUCAGAUUCUUGCAUUAGCCACAGUGGACAAAAACAACAACUUCCUGAAGGCCAUACAGGAAGUCCUGAAUGAGCCCUCCUACAGAUUCAACAUGCAGAGACUCUCCACACUGCACCGAGAUCAGCCAAUAAAGCCCCUGGAUAACGCCCUCUUCUGGAUAGAGUUUGUCAUGAGACACAAAGGUGCAGCCCACCUGAAAGCAGUGUCUUACAGACUGCCCUGGUAUAUCUACCACUCUGUGGAUGUAGUUCUGUCUUUUCUGACGACUGUUGCAGUGAUUAUUAUUCUCCAUCUUGUGUUUUUCCGGAGUGUAUGUCUUGGUAAAUGCUCGAUAAGGAAAACAAAUGGAAAAUGAAUGAAUACAAUUCUAUAACUCUGUGCUGCUCUUUCUACAUAACAUGUUUAGGAUCAAUUAACUGAAAAUAGAGGUAAUUUAAAUCACUAUCUGUCACAAGUCUGAAUUAUUUCUGAAUGUAAAGCCUGCUUCAAUAGCAUCAAUUUUUUCAAAUUUCCAUGAAACAAAAAUUCAACCAUAAAACAGAUAUGUCCACUGGCUAAUCCCCCCUGAGGUGCAGCAGGGGAAAUAUGGUUGGGUUGCAUAUCUGAGCAUUCACUGAAUAACAAGAAUUUGUUCUUUCUUUUUUCAUGAAGGAUAAGCCAUGUAAAAAUGAGAACAGGCCAACCCCUUUCCAAGGAAGGGCAGGGUGAAAACCAGUGUGACAUACAUAAUCCAGAUUCAAGUUUAGCAGGCACAGCAAGCAUUUAGAAGUGCUGACUAGAAGUUAACAGAGAACUUUGCUAUGUGAUUACAAGUUUGUUUUUCAAUGCAGGCUGGCAAUACUACAAUCACUCAUAAUAAGAUACAAUUUUAUUACAUUUUCAAUCUUGGGGAUAGGUUUUCCUCCAAAGGAAAUUCUCAUGAUGACUUCACAUGUUCAGAAUGGAAAUUACAGUGAAAAACUGCAUAGCAAGCAAAACAAAAAGGUUAACAUGGCUCUCAGUGUGCGGCACUGCACACAUCUGCUCCCUAUUUUUGAUGACAAAGUAGUAACUUCAUUCUUUACAUCAGCUCCUCCUUGUAUUUCCCACAGGAGCUGCAGCACUAAUAAGAGACGGGAGGAAAGCAGCAGUGACAAAUAUACUGGAUGCUCCUCUUGAGUGGUAGCUCAUCAGCUAAAGAACAUGCUAAGUCAUUACAGUCAGUGCUAGUGAUUGAGUGCUUUUCUUAUCGGAUACGGUCAUUGAACUCUUUGGUUAAACUUUCCUAAGGGUACACUCGGGUAAAAGUGGGUGCAGGCAGCUACUAUAGAUUACUGAUUAGACAGUGUCUAAUCAUUACAAAAAGAGAAAACAAAGACAGAGGGGGAAAGUGCAAUUCAUUAUCAAUGUGUAACAUGGAUAUUGGGUAAGACCCUUUUGAUGCUGUGUUUAGUUAAAUCUCCUCUUCAUACACAGACCCUAAUCCCCACAUGCCUAUGUAGUGUUCCUAAACCCAAAGCCUCAAAAUAAAUAAAUACAUUUAUUUAAACCUC